AGCUACAAUAGUGGACCAUGUCAUCAACCAUGGGAUGACCCUGAGGGAAGCUGGCCAACGGGUUCAGCCUAAUUUGAGCCGCUACACUGUGGCAAGCAUCAUUAGGACAUUUCGAAAUGAGAAUCGAAUUGCUAGACGUCCAGAUGUUGGGGCAGAGGAAGAAUGUUCACUCCAGAGCAAGAGACCCAUAUAGUGAACAUGGUGAUUGCCAAUAAUGCAAUAAGACUGCGCGAAAUACAGCAGCGCAUAAUUGAUAAUGACACCAUCUUUCAAAAUAUACACAGUGUAAGCAUUUCUGCACUAAGUCGUGUACUUGCGCGACACAGAAUAAGAAUGAAGCAAAUUUACAGAGUUCCUUUCGAGAGAAACACAGAACGUGUAAAGCAACUGCGAUAUGACUAUGUGCAGGUAAGCUAUAGUGUCAUUGGUUCUGAAUUUGGAAGUGCAUACUGUAGUGCUGUGCAUGGGCCUGAUGUGUUGCAUUUGUUUUGUCUUGUCCAGAGAGUGAUGGAACUAGAAGCAGAUGCAAUGGGACAUGAGCUACUUUUUGUAGAUGAGGCCGGUUUUAACCUCAGUAAAACCAGGAGACGUGGCAGGAACAUUACUGGACACCGUGCCAUCAUCAAUGUCCCAGGACAACAUGGUGGUAACAUAACCAUGUGUGCAGCUAUAAGCCAAAAUGGUGUUGUUCACCAUCAUGCAACCAUAGGCCCAUACAACACUGCACACAUUAUUGCAUUCCUGGACACCUUACAUGACAUGCUAACUGUUCAGAGACCAGAGCAUACCCGAUAUGUCAUCAUAUGGGACAAUGUUAGUUUCCAUAUGGCUGCUUUGGUCCGCAACUGGUUUACAGACCACCCAUCCUUCAUGGCACUUAACCUCCCUCCAUACUCUCCAUUCUUAAAUCCCAUCGAGGAGUUCUUCUCUGCCUGGCGCUGGAAAGUGUACGACCGUCAUCCUUAUCAACAGGUAGCCCUUUUACAGGCAAUGGAGGAGGCAUGUGGAGAUAUUGACAAGGCAUCAUGUCAGGCCUGGAUACGGCAUUCAAGGAGAUAUUUUCCCCGGUGCCUUGGACUGGAGGAUAUUGCAUGCGAUAUGGACGAAAUUUUGUGGCCGGACCCAGAAAGACGACAUGAUGUAGGCUGAUUGUCUUUUUUUUUUCUUUUUUUUUCUGAAAUUACUAUUUUGUGUUCUGACUUUGUCUUGGUUUUGAUGAGUGUGAAUAAAACACCAAUACUUGAAGUUUGGAUCCUUGUAUGUUUACAUGACACUAUGACAAAGGUAUGACCUCAAAUUGACAUCUGUACACAGAGAAAGCAAAAGCCAGAUGUGUUUUGUAUUCAUACCAUCAGUGUGUAGUUGGCACAUUGUGUGCUUAGUAGAUGAUGGCUUGUGUUUACUGUUUGAUACGAAAACACCAUUUUUACGAAGGUGUGAAGAGUUAAUCUAGCUGUGUUCGCUUUUGCAAGAGAACUACAAUGUUUUGAUAAUUGGGUGAAAGGUUUUCUUAUUUGUGUGUAGAGUUUUGCAAAAAUAGCCAAUAGUUACAAAAAAUGUGCUUAAGCAAUCAGAAAAAACUGUAAGCAAUUAGUGUUUGCCGAUGUG